CUCGUGUGGAGGGAAGAAUGGUAUUCGGUGAUCAGGAAUGCACUCCUCGGACAGAUGACCGCUUUGCUAGAGUAGAGUACAGGAACCACCAAACUGGUCUUAGCCCCCUCAUCGCUGCAGGGAUUCCUUGUGUGAGUUCGUGUGUGUUGGAUUACAUGCAUAUGGUCUGCCUUGGUGUAGUUAGGCGAAUGUUGAUCUACUUGACUCGUGGCCCGAAAAUAUGUCGACUAUCUGUGAGGCAAAAAGAUGCAAUAUCCAAAAAACUAAUUGGACUGAGAGGGAGAAUGCCAAGUGAAUUUGCUCGGCAACCACGUGGUCUACAUGAAAUGGAUAGGUGGAAAGCCACUGAAUUUCGCCAGUUUCUGCUAUACACAGGACCUGUGGUGUUAAAAACUGUGAUGUCCCCUGAAAGGUACAAGCAUUUCCUGUCCUUAUCAGUAGCCAUGUCCAUACUGCUGGAGUCCGAUGACAGGAUUCGAAACGCCUAUCUUCAUUAUGCUCAUGACCUCAUCAAACACUUUAUCACCAGCUGCGCUGUCCUCUAUGGCAAGACAUUCUCAGUGUACAAUGUACACGGACUUACUCAUCUUCAUGAAGAUGCCAGCCACUUCAAUUGCUCUCUCAAUGACAUCUCCUGUUUUCCAUUUGAAAACCAUCUGCAACAGGUGAAGAAGCAUGUGAGAAGUGGGAGAAAUCCUCUCGAACAAGUGACAAGACGUUUGUCAGAAAGCGAACAUGUAAUUGUGAAAAAGAACAAAACUCACCCCCAAGUGAUUGUUUCUGUGAAAGAAAGGGACAGUUGUUUUCUGUUGAAAGACGAGAGAUUUGCUUUUGUGCAACAAAAAAAUGCGGAUGGAACCUUGGCUUGUAAAAUCCUUCACCAGCGUCACACCUCGCCCCUAUUUCAGCAACCAUGUAGCUCUGCACUUUUAAAUAUAGUGUGCAUUGGAAGUGGUCAGGUGAGGAUGAAAAAUGGGCUGCUGCAUGAAAAGGAGCUGUACCGCAAGGUGGCCUACCUCCCACAAGAAUCUGGUGGUGCUGUGCUCUUACCCCUUCGCCAUGGCCCGGAAAAUACAUAUUAAAGGUCAUGUAUGCGAGGGCAGUGUGGAAGGAGGGUGACAUCGAGGAGGAGGGCGUAGUUCCCGAGAACUGGAUCGACAGGACCAAAAAAAUUCUUAGAUGGCCACGGAUGAGCAGCACCAAAACAGAAAAAGCUAUUAAGGACAAAAUGAACCCCAAGGAUGACUGGAUGACGUUCCCGUUAAUAAAGAUAAAAUUUACAUCAGGCAAAUGUUCAUAGGCAAUGUGAGAA